GGGAGCAGCCCCGGGGGCGGCCCGGCCCCGCGCCCGGCCCGGGCGGGCGGCGGAGGAGCCCCCGCAGGAAGCCUCUCGCCCGCCCCAUGUGGCGCAGGUCGGUGCCGAGCCGCGGGCAGGGAUUAGAGGAUGGUUCAUGAAGCUGCGCGCUGGCUCCCUGAGCGAAGGGGCCGUGCCGGAGCUCGCCCCGCCGCCCGCCCGAGCGGAGCGAGGGGUUAGUGCGGGGAGCCGCGGGGAUGGAGGGCCCGGGCGGGGCCGACUGGCGCCUGGCGCUCUGGACGCUGUUCUCCGUGCUGCUGCCCGUGCUCAUCACCGCGUGGUGCAGCUUCCAGCGGUCGCGGCGGCAGCUGCUGAUACGGGACAUCUUCCGCAAGAGCAAGCACGACUGGCACUACACGGACCUGUUCGGGCAGCCCUCGUACUGCUGCGUGUGCGCCCAGCACAUGCUGCGCGGAGCCUUCUGCGGCUGCUGCGGGCUGCGCGCCAGCGAGCGCUGCCUCAAGAAGGCGGACCAGCGCUUCCUCUGCAAGGAGAUCAUGACGAGAGGCGCCGGGGCAGCCCAAAGCUCCAUCCCACACCACUGGGUCAGGGGCAACGUCCCCCUCUGCAGCUGCUGCGUGGUGUGCAAGCAGCAGUGCGGCACCCAGCCCAAGCUCUGCGACUACAGAUGUGCAUGGUGUCAGUACACUGUGCAUGAUGAAUGCAUGGUGGAUUGUUUAAGGACUGAGGAGUGUACAUUUGGAGAAUUCAAAGACUUAAUUAUCCCACCCUACUAUUUGUCUACAAUCAACCAGAUGCGAAAGGACAAAAAAACCAGUUAUGAAAAGGUGGUACCUUACUGCAGAAAACACUGGAUGCCAGUGAUCAUACUGGCAAAUACUCGCAGUGGGAACAACAUGGGUGAAACUUUACUUGGAGAAUUUAAAAUGCUGCUGAACCCCGUUCAGGUUUUUGAUCUGAGCAAAAUUGCACCUGCUAAAGCCCUCCAGCUCUGUACCUUGCUGCCUUGCAACGCUGUCAGGGUUCUUGUCUGUGGUGGGGAUGGCACAGUGGGCUGGGUCCUGGAUGCCAUUGAUGAAAUGAAGAUAAAGGGGCAAGAACGAUAUAUCCCACAAGUUGCAAUUUUACCUCUGGGAACAGGGAAUGACCUGUCCAACACACUGGGCUGGGGGGCAGGUUAUGCUGGAGAAGUCCCUGUGGAACAGAUCUUACGGAAUGUCAUGGAGGCAGAUGGAAUCAAACUAGACAGAUGGAAGGUUCAAGUAACAAACAAAGGAUACUACAACUUAAGGAAACCAAAGGUAUUCACAAUGAACAACUACUUUUCUAUAGGACCUGAUGCUCUCAUGGCUUUAAAUUUCCAUGCUCAUCGUGAGAAGACUCCCUCUCUGUUUUCCAGCAGAAUUAUCAAUAAGGCUGUUUAUUUUUUUUAUGGAACCAAAGACUGCUUAGUACAAGAAUGUAAAGACCUUAACAAAAAGGUUGAGCUAGAGUUGGAUGGUGAGAGGAUCGAGUUGCCCAAUUUGGAAGGCAUCAUUGUGCUGAAUAUUGGAUACUGGGGAGGUGGCUGCAGGCUCUGGGAAGGAAUGGGGGAUGAACCUUACCCCUUGGCAAGACAUGAUGAUGGACUUCUGGAAGUUGUUGGUGUUCAUGGUUCUUUCCACUGUGCCCAGAUCCAGGUUAAACUGGCCAACCCUGUUCGCCUGGGGCAGGCACACACAGUGAGGCUGAUCCUGAAGAGCUCCAAGAUGCCGAUGCAGGUGGAUGGAGAGCCCUGGGCCCAGGGGCCCUGCACGGUCACCAUCACCCACAAGACUCACGCUCUGAUGUUGUACCACUCGGGGGAACAGACGGACGACGACGCUUCCAGCCUGUCUGAGUAGGACCUUGGGACAGAGCAGAUGGAUGAGGACACGGAGAUUUUAUGGAAUUCAACGUGAGACAGCGAGGAACUUCAGCUGGUUAAAACACACCUAAUCUAGAGUGAGGUUUAUGUCGUAAAGUUCAUACUUGGGAAUGAACUAGAGCUGAGGAAAAAGCCAUGCUUUGACACUUCUGAAAACUUUCACAGCUGAAUUACCACAACUAAUUUGCCUUUUACACUGGUGGUGAUGCCCUCCAGCCUUUCUAGCAGGAGUGAGUUACUCUAACGCCUCAAAAAGACAGAUGCUGCAGCCCUUCCUUGCUGUGGAAUCAGACCUUCUGCACAAACACAGUACAGUAGGUGGAUGUUUCAUACCCUUGGAAAGGGGAACAGCUGGGAGUCUGACCUGCUGCCACCUACCCUCUUUCUGAGAACAGAAAACCAGGCCAAGUAGGAUGUGGGCUGAUUUCCUGACAGCAGCCUGCUCCUGGCUGCCACCUCUGCUUGGGAGCAAGAGAAAUAACUGUCUGCACAGUGCAUUUCUAAUCUGUUCUCUGAGAGAGUGGAGCAUCUGGAAGCUCUUGGGAAGGUGGUCAGCAAGAAAAAGAUGCUUUUGGACCAAAGGUUUCUGGAAAUGUUCUGUCAGUGAAUGACCUUUUUCAGUGGCUUUGUAAGCCAUAAAGUACCCCUGACAUCCUGAGUAUCCAAGAUACAACUCAAAGUAAUUGUACCAUGACUUGCACUGAAUGAUCCUGUAACUUGACUCUGCUUCAGUUCAGUGAGAGACUAAAGCUAGUUUUUGUAAAUAACAGCAUCACAGUUCUUGGGGAGGCUUUUUGGAGGCAAACGUGGACAAAGAGCAGCCUUUUUCAGCUGUUCAGAGGGAAAGGUUUUAAAGAAAUAAUGAUGAUUGACAAAUGUGGGGUAUUUUUUAAAGACUUGUUAAAGUUCUUGGCUCGUAAUUACCUGAGAAUGGUCAGUAGUAAAUCAGUCUGUUAGCUGUGUCCAUUUUAAGUGUGGAGGUUGAGAGCUGAGUUUGCAGAGGUUGGCAGGUUCUUGCAUUCCUGUGUAUAAUUGGAUUGUGAAAAAAGCAUGAAGGCAUUUGUUUUCUGACUGGCUGUUAGGGAGUCAAAGACACCUUGUUGGUACCUACAUUUCCCUUAUGAAUAUAAGGUGAGAAAAAGAUGAAGGGUUGAAGGUUCAGAACAUGUAAACAGUACACAGGGACUGUCAGUUUGGCCUAUCUGAAGCUUCUCAGGUUAAAGCUUCUCAGGUGAAAACAUCUUCAUGGUUAACAAAAGCAAAAACCUGCUUCCUUUUCCCUCUUUUGUUGUAGGCAUUUUAAGCCUGCAGUGGGUGAGAGAUGAAUUGGGGUUUAAAAUGUCAGUUUAGUCCAGUUCAGUUACUGAAGGUGCUCUUCCAAGUAGGAAGAGAAUUUAUGCUGCAUAAGCCAGGAUUGUAAGAGAGGUUGAGAGCUCUGGUCUGAACUUUAAAUGUUGCUGCUUUUGUCAUUAGUCCCCCAUGUUUGUUUGUUUUUUCUUUGUGCUUACAGGAAGUGAAACCCACUGGGUAAGGUAGGCUGUGUUUCUAGGUUUUCUAAAAUGAAACCAUUUUUUCAGCAAUCUGUAAAAUGAUGUUUUCAUUAACAGUGAACGAACUAUUUAUAUUUUAAAAUAAUUUAUUGAAAACUUGGCAAAGUCAGUAUUUUUAAAACCUUGAAUUGUAAUCCUCUUUGGAGAGUGUUUUUAACUUGAUGGUAUUCCUUGUAGAACGUGUAUGUACUAGAACUUCAAUACUACUGAUUCUCGGUGAAUUUAUAGCUGUCUGAAAAUGUGAUUAGAGUGGAAUGAGCUGUAAACAGAAGCCAUUUGUAAAUUCCAUAUUCAUUAGCCUUAUACACCUCAUUUUAAUUAUUUUAUUGUAUGUAAAUAUAGAUAAAAAAUAGUUAAAUCUAUGUAAAAAGUGUUUAAAAUACCCUAAGUAUGAUAUGUUAGAUGAAUCCACUACCUUUUUUUUUUUCAGUUACAAGGUUCAGUUUGUAUUAGCAAAAAUCCUACCAGUUAAGUUAUUUUAUAUUUUUUUUUUAUAACUUGUUACCAUCAGCAUCCUAAAAAUAUUUAAGUUCUAUGCUCUGGUUCUUAUCUAACUGUUGUUUACAAACAAAUGACAAGUCUCUGGAAAAGCAGGGUGUGUGCUCUGAAAGGCAGUUUUUGCUCAAGAGAAAUGACACCACUGGCUACUUUAAAUGAUGCAGUUUAAAGAGUUACCUGAAGUUGAUGAGGUGAUCAAAUUGAUUCAAAUUGGUUUAUAGCCUGAGAACUUUUAACUGUUCAAAAACUUCAGUCUUUGGGCUCCUGACAUCUAAAAGAGAAAUAAGUGAUGCCCAGGCUUUGAAGGCUCCUUGUGUUGCUGUAGGUGAGCAGUGAGUUGGUUUCUCUGCCCCAAUGGGUGUUUGUGCAUCCUGCCACUUACUGCAGCUCCCUGGGAGUCCAGAAACCCUCUGGGAAAUGUAAAUCCAUCAUUGCUACUGGAGAAACCAAGUGAAAGCAUCUCAUUGGGUGCUUGUUUGGCAAAACCCCCUGGUAAAUGGCCGUGUUUGUGGAGGUGAAGUUUGUGUCUCAGAUGGUGAUGGCAGCAAAUGUAGCCGUGGUGAGCACGAGGAAGCCUCUUGUGAAAUGGUAUUGAUGGUUCUUUAAGGUUGAAAUGUCCAGUUCCCAGUGGGCCGUGGGCUCACCCUUGCACUGUAACUGUGUAGCUGUCAUACCGUGACACAGAAUGUUCUUGUGAGACACACAUUGUUAGCACUGGCAUCUGUUGGGAAGUCUUGCUGCUUCCAACUGUCCUUUGGUUUCAGUGUAUCCUCCUUCCCUCUUGUUGCCAACUGGGUUAACACCUGUUUUCAGUUCCCUUGCUGGAACUGGUUUUGGUCCAACUGCAGAUGGUUGGUGUCAGCAGUGGGCUCCCAGAGUCUAACACAGCACGAAUGCUCUUGGCUGAUCUGUAACAGAGCUGUAGCUGCCUGAUACCCUGUGCAUUGUGACUGUAAACUGUUCCAUGCUUUUUUAAUGUUGUAGUGCAUAAAGCACCAGUUCAAUCAGCUACAAGAAGGGGAUACUCCUCCUGUAGCUUGGAAUCCUGAAAACCACACAGAGAGAGCCUGUCUCUGUCUGGGAGAGGGGACUCUGCAGCUGGAGCUCCUGUCCUGCGUGGAAGAAUUUUCCCUUAUCCUAUUAAUCAUUAACAUUGGAAAAAUAGUGAAAGCAAUGUUUCAAAAAGACAAGUAAUGAAUUGUUUUUUCUGUCAGUCUUCAUACAGCAAACAAUAACAUCAGUGGUCAAGCACUUAAAAGCAAAUUCACAAUGUUUAAGUCUUAUUGCUGCAUUUAUCAGCUUAACUGAAGUUCGGUCUGAUAACUUAACUUUACUGUGGUUUCUCAGUCCUGUGACAUGAAAUACAAAAAGUUUGCAUGGGAAGCCUUUCAGUGGGUCAGCUCCCUGCCUGGCUCACACCGGGCUUGUUUGCAGGUGUUGAGAAGGUGUGGUGGGUGUUUCCCUGUGCACAGAACCUCCUGUCAUAGGCUUUGUUUGACUUUGUGUUUUCACUUCAGCAAUUCGUAGCAGGGUUAAGCUGUUUCAAAUGCCAGCUGGAUCUUUCUUCCCGUCUGGACUUCACAAAAAGUCGAAACCUGCAUUUUUUGUCUUCAAAAACAGCUGAGGUAAAUGGCAUUCAUUUAUGCUUCGGCGUUUUUUUGGUAUGUCUGUUGUUCUUGGUAUUUAAAGCAGGUCAGGGUAGUGUUUAGAGCAUACCUUUAACAGCAUUUUAGAAUUUUUGCAGUUAUUGAAGAACACAGUCUUGUGUUUUCUUUCCCUGCAAUAGUAAUAUAUUGGUUUCAAAUUAAUUUGGGAUUCUGUUCAAAUUUGAACAUUUUUCUCAGCACUGUUACGAAUUGCAUUUCAUGUUUAUAAUGUAAAAACUAUAGCAUAAUUUAUGUAUUUGAUACUUUUUAUAUGUUCACUUCCAGUGUUUCUCCAUAUGGUUUUUUCCCCCCGGGCUUGCUUUUCUUUGUCACUGAGGAACUUGAAACACCACUGUCUUUAGUUAGAAGUGUUAAGUACUUGCUGUCACAAAACAGACUGGAGUUUCUCCUGGUGGCAAAAAACAUGUUACCAUGUUGAACACACUUGGAGACAAUAAUCUUGAGGCAGUGCUUACAGCAAGAGUGAGGUAAAGGUUUAUUCUGUGCAACCUCAGCUGAUUCAGAUUGAGAAUUUAUUCCCCCUCUUACUGGUGUUUACAACUGUUCCGUAAGCACUUCUGUCCCUCAGUCAUUUAAUUACUCAUUUUGUGCUGGCUUAACUUCAGCUAAAAACGUCAUUUGGGACAGUAUCAGAAGCUCUGCUGAAGCCAGGACAGUGAGCUGCUGUGCAGUUUAUGCUCAUGCCAGCCAGCCUGUCAGCAAAGGAAGCUGGAAUGGCUCCACACAGCUGUUGUGAGCCCAGUGAGCCACCUGCUUGGCUUUUCCAGUCACCAUCACCCCCUGGGAGGUGUCAGGACUCCAGAGGAUCCCAGACCCCCUGGCCUGUUCUGAAAGGACAGUUUUUGUUCCUUGCUGCUGGGGAGGAACCUCCUCGUUCUCCACCUUCUGAGAACUGAGUGUUAAAGGGUUUGGUUUCAGUUUGGCCCCUUCCUUCUGGUUCUGUCUUAUGUUGCACUGAAGCUCAGAGCUUUUAUAUAGUGUGUUAUUGUAUCUCACUGGCUAAAUAAAAGCCUAAAGCACUGCACCUUUAGCUGUGAGCAGCACUAUGGUACCACUGUUAUAGUAGUUACUCUUUUUUUACUUGGCAACAAAUGCUUUUGGUAGAGCAGCACUGGAACCCAGUUAGUCUAAGGGUAGGUCAUUUAGGAAUCUUUGCAUGUGCUCUAACAGAAAAUCCUUUCAAGACUGCUAGCAGUUUUCUUCCUUUUGGAAAAGAAAAAAUUGAAUAUUCAGUUAGGAGUAGAUUAGGAUUAAAAAUACCAGUAUAUAACUGAUUCUGUUGAAUGUGAACUACUUAAUUAAAAAAUUCCUUUUUUUCUGAGAAAUCAGAGUUACUGCUUGAACACAGGGAUGAGACAGCAGAGACCACUUGUUCAUUGGUAAUUAAACAUACUGAGAGAAUUUACAUGUUCUCUCUUGUUGAGGCCACAGUUCUAAAGGCACGACAUGAUCACAAUUUUGUUUUCUUGCUAAGAGUGCUGAAUAUUCAAUUCAGGUUUUGGGCAUCUCAGGGAGAUAAUUCCAGCUGGAUAAAGCCACAUGCCUUGACUAAACCUAGUGAUGUUGUGCAGACUUUUCUUAGCUGAGGAUCUGGCCCUUCACACUAUGAAUGUAUUCAGAAUUGUACUUUGUUAAUGCUGCCCUGUUUCCUGUGUACCCCUACUGCUGUAUGUAAUUAAUUUUUUGCAUGAUUUAAUUUGCAGCUUGUUUGUAGAUUUCAGCAUAAAAAUAAUUUUCUUUUUAAGAUUAA